ACCAAUUUACGAUUCAUUGACUACACAUCGUGGUGGGUGCUGCUAGUUUUGCUGGUCGCAAAAACUAAGCGUUAUACUUGGCGUAUUUAAGUCUCAGGUUGUGGUGGAAGUUGGUUUUGUGUGAUGGUGUGAUGCUUUACGUCAGGAUGUGAAGAAUUCUCAACUGUAUUUGCUCGUUUCAUAACUGAUUCUUGAGUGAGGGGUGGAUUGUAUACCGUGAAUUGGAUUCUUGAGCUUAUUGGUCGAAAGAGGACGAAUUCUGGUGUUGGGUUUCAUUGUGUAGCGUAUCUAGUGGUCAAAUCUUCACCGAUUGGAGUUCCUCUUCUGAAAAGUUUGACAGCUAUCAGUUUUGGAGUUUUUGGAGUUUUUUCUUAACAUCUCGCAUUCUGAUGAUACGAGGAGAUAGAACCAGAAGAAUCCUAAUCUCAGGUGAGCCUAAAGUGUGUAGAGCGGAGCUUAUUUGAAUUGUUCGGAGAAAAAGGGGAGCCAGAAGUAUUUUGAGAAACAAUUUGGACCUAAUUCUGUGAAGCGUUAGAAAGGAAGAGUUAUCGUCAGCUAUGGCGUCAACCGCCUUAUUCAGGCGGCUUCCUUCUCCUCUGCUGUCGUCUCCACAAAUUUUCCAUCCUCUCCGACCGUCGAGAGCAAUGCGUGCGCUUCCAAGGCCGCAACCACACACCCUCUCUCAGGUAGCGUCCUCCAAUAAUUCCACUCCUCAGACAUUCACCAUACGCAGCCACAAAGUAGAACUUCAAGAAUCACAUUCCCAAAUAGAGCAGACUGAACAAGCAAGAGCGCUCUCUUCAGAGAUCGCAAUGCAGCAAUGGAAUAGAUUGACGUUUGCCAUAGCCAUGGCGUGCCCAGUUCUUGUCACAGCGUUAUUGACCCCACAUGAUGCUUCAGCAGCGACGGCCAUAGAGAGUGGCCAAAUUCUGCUCCUAUCGGCUGCGGAAGUCGACCCUGGCACUGCGAAACUCGCUAUCACCAUCCUAGGGCCUCUGUUUGCUGUUCUCAACCUCAUGUUCAUCGUCCGCAUUGUUAUGUCGUGGUACCCACAGCUCCCUGUGGGGAAGUUUCCCUUCUCCAUUGCGUAUGCUCCCACGGAGCCCGUGCUCGGCCCGACCCGCCGUCUGAUCCCUCCCGUGGGUGGAGUGGACGUCGCCCCGGUGAUCUGGGUGGCCCUAAUGAGUUUCCUAAAUGAGAUCCUACUGGGGCAACAAGGGCUUCUUGUUCUCCUCUCUCAGCAGCAGCCCUGAUUCUUACUCCAGGAAGAGCAUCUAGUUUUCCUUCCUCCUCGGAACAUAGGAAGUGAGAGUGUGCAUCGGCUGUCUGUUGUUUGUGCAGCAUUGGUGGUUAAUCACCUCCUGUAAUCUCCAAACAAAAUCACUCAAUUCUUCUCAGCAUUGUCUCUA